AUGGCCUCUAAUCCUCAGGUCGCCGUCGAUCACGACGACGACGCUCCACCACCACCUUACUCAGAGACCGACAUUUACUCCACCACUUCUGGACCGCCCCGAUCGCCACUCUCGGUGUCCGGCCCCGCUCAUCCCGGCGAUGACGCCGCAUCCCGGAUAUCCUCCACCUCCACCACCGACCCUGUGAUCUUUACCCCUCCGCUCACGCCAAACACCGCCAACCCCAGCACACCUACUCAGCAGCACAUCCAGGUGCCUCCUUCGCCGAGCGCUGCCCUCUACUUUGAAGGCCGUGACAUUCCCGUUUCUACUCCUCGCCCUGCACCCAGACUGUACACUGUUGCAGUCAAGCCCAGCUCAGUUCCUGAAGAUUUACCCUACCCGCUGGAUUGGGCUCCUCUCUACGACAUUACGCACCAAGAUUGGGCGACGUUUGUCAACUAUCUCCUCCCUGACCAUGCUUCCGUGACGAAUGAGGCCAUUCUCGGCGAAAAAGGCAAGGGAAUUGACGAAGAUUCCGACAUCAAGUCGGAAAAGCAGACUGCUGAUCCAAAUGACGCUGUUCGCAAACGGGCAGAAGUUGAGGCAACCGUGCAGCAAUGGAACGACGGCUUCUUUGCACCUAGGAAUGUGAGAGUGCAACUUCAGGCUGAAGAGCAGCCUCACAUGCCCGGAGGCUGGGAUACAGCCUUCGACGGACCCUCAGCGGGAGCAGAAGCUGGCCCUUCUAGUCAACGAGAAGCCGGCCCAUCAAACCAGGCUGGACCUAGACCAGCAUGGGGAAACGGAUGGAUGGGAUCUUGGGGCGGUUUCAAGGUCGGCAACGACAGUAUCAGGUGGAAGGACAGCAUCGUCGCUGACAGCAACGGCCUGCGCAUCGGAAACUUAGUCAUGGACGGCAACGGAAUCCGCAUGCACGGUCGAGACCCGGGACCGCCUUUUGGACAUGGGGAACCGAGUCGUAGCUUCUGUCCGCCGGGACAGCGAGGAAGGACGCGGUCUCGUGGUGAUGGGCCUCCUUUCGGACAUGGCCAUCCCUAUUUUCAUCCUGGUAGCUUCGACGCCCAUGGAACUCCUCCCUACCCUGGCCAGCCUGAGCAGCACAAGUCACGCUCCCGGUCUUCCUCGUCCUCCUCAUCCUCAUCAUCUUGCUCCUCCAACAGCUCCGGCUCCAUCGGUUCUCUCCCAGACUAUGACGACGUAAAGGACCAACAACUCCCCCUCUACCUCACACGUCUCGAGGAAUGGGUAGCCCGCCCAGGGGAGAUGCGCACCAAGGCAGACGUGAAACAGCUCAAAGCCGAACUCAAGGCGUCCAAGACCAACGCCGUGGACCCCAAUCUCGACCGCAAGGCGCUCAAGGCCCAGGUCAAGGCUUUGUCGCAGCAAUGGCGCACACUAAAGCGGCAGCAGAAGAAAGAGCGCAGGGAAAGGAGGAGAGAUCUCAAGAAGAGAAGAAGAGCAGAGAAGCGGGAGAGGAGGCAGCAGAAGAGAGAGAUGAAGAGGGCCCAAAAGGAACACCGAAGAGGUCACGCCGGUCCACCACCAGUCCCUCAUAUGCCCCCCAUGCCCGCUGUCCCCGGAGUCAGCGUACCGCCGCCUUUUGGUGGCCCAGCUUGCUCACCCUGGGGUAGACCAUCAAGAGGCGGUCGUGGAUGUCACGGAGGCCCAGGCCGGGGUGGCUUCUUUGGAGGUCCAGGUCCUUGGGGCAGGGGUCAAAGAGGAUGGGGUCACGAUGGUCCCCUCGGCGGCAACGGACCACUUGGUCCCAACGGUCCCCUUGGCCCCAACGGUCCCCUAGGUCCUAAUGGUCCUCUGGGUCCUCACGGUCCUCUAGGUGCAAAUGGACCCCUAGGUCCUAACGGACCACUAGGCCCCGGUGGGAUCUUUGGUGGUCACCGGUCAGUUGACUCCCGAGGUGGUCCGUUUCCCGGGGCCUGGCCAGAAGAGUCCAGUCAAGAUGGCGACAUCCCACCGCCAGGCAUCGCCUCCGCGGCAAAAUACAAGACAGCCGCGGGGCUCGAGACGGAGAUAGAGGCUAAACUAAAGGACCUCGAGAGCAGGGACGUUACCGAGGGUGAGCGUCGGGCGCUGCAGAAGGAGAUUGAGGCGCUGACGGAAAAGUUGGACAAUGUUAGACUCGAGGCUGAUGAGGCGUAUGCCCGAGAGCUGGCUCAGAAUAUUGAGUCUUGA